UGCCUGGCGGAGUGAUCUGAGCCGCGGGGGCGGGGCAAAAGAAGCUAUAUAAGGGGCGGGAGGGGAAUGUGUGGCGCAGUUACAGCUGUGUAAAACUUGGAGUUGUUGUGCUGUCGGCUUGGCUUGCGAGCCCUGUGAGAAAAAUGCAGAUCUUUGUGAAGACCCUGACAGGCAAGACCAUCACCUUGGAGGUUGAGCCCAGUGACACCAUCGAGAAUGUCAAGGCCAAGAUCCAGGACAAGGAAGGCAUUCCCCCCGAUCAGCAGAGGUUGAUCUUCGCUGGCAAGCAGCUGGAAGAUGGGCGCACCCUGUCCGACUACAACAUCCAGAAGGAAUCCACUCUGCACUUGGUGCUGCGCCUGAGAGGUGGCAUGCAGAUCUUUGUGAAGACCUUGACAGGCAAGACCAUCACUCUGGAAGUCGAGCCCAGUGACACCAUCGAGAAUGUCAAGGCCAAGAUCCAGGACAAGGAAGGCAUUCCCCCCGAUCAGCAGAGGCUGAUCUUUGCUGGCAAGCAGCUGGAAGAUGGGCGCACCCUGUCCGACUACAACAUCCAGAAGGAGUCUACUCUGCAUCUUGUGCUGCGUCUGAGAGGUGGCAUGCAGAUCUUUGUGAAGACCCUGACAGGCAAGACCAUCACCCUGGAGGUUGAGCCCAGUGACACCAUCGAGAAUGUCAAGGCCAAGAUCCAGGACAAGGAAGGCAUUCCCCCCGAUCAGCAGAGGCUGAUCUUUGCUGGCAAGCAGCUGGAAGAUGGGCGCACCCUGUCCGACUACAACAUCCAGAAGGAGUCUACUCUGCAUCUUGUGCUGCGUCUGAGAGGUGGCAUGCAGAUCUUUGUGAAGACCCUGACAGGCAAGACCAUCACCCUGGAGGUUGAGCCCAGUGACACCAUCGAGAAUGUCAAGGCCAAGAUCCAGGACAAGGAAGGCAUUCCCCCCGAUCAGCAGAGGUUGAUCUUCGCUGGCAAGCAGCUGGAAGAUGGGCGCACCCUGUCCGACUACAACAUCCAGAAGGAAUCCACUCUGCACUUGGUGCUGCGCCUGAGGGGUGGUAACUGAACUGGCUGGUUGUUGCUUGCUUCCAUGUAAAAGUUCCUCUGCACUUGUUCAUUCCAAUAAAGCUGUUGCAUCCACAGAA